GCUGGGAUGAUGAGUGAGAUGUGCAGGACCCAAUUCCCCAUCGAGACAAGUCUGGCCAUUCGAAGCCGCCCAUAUGCCGCAGCAAUUGGUCGAGGAUGGUUGCUACCGAACACUUUUGAACCGCUUGCGGGUCUUCAUGACGCCAACCGUCUCAGCAAAACCCUCCCACGUCCACGUCACUCGCCACUGCUUCCUGUUAGUACCCGCUUGUUGCCCGCCCCUCACUAAACUCAAAAGAAAUCCCUCUGGAGCUUUGACCUGGAUUGUAAAUUCUUAGAAAGCACUUGAACGGUGGGUUGCGGCUUCUCUUUAUAUCUCUCUUUGAACCCCUCCCCUCCCCUCGCUCCAAUCCAUCCCCUUCUCUUCGUCCCAGUUCACGCCUUUCCACUUCAUCCCUCCUCGAUACCCAAUUCCCGCCAUGCCUACCCCCAUUCCCCAAGCGGAGGAGCUCAAGGACCUCUUCAGCCUCAAGGGCAAGGUCGUCGUCGUCACCGGCGCCUCCGGUCCCACAGGCAUCGGAAUCGAGGCUGCCCGCGGCUGCGCAGAGUUCGGCGCCGACCUGGCCAUCACCUACAACUCGCGCGCCGAGGGUGCUGAGAAGAACGCCAAAGAGCUCACCCAGAAGUACGGCGUCAAGGUCAAGGCCUACAAGUGCCAGGUGGGCGACUACGCCAAUGUCGAGAAGCUCGUCCAGGACGUCAUCAAGGACUUUGGCAAGAUCGAUGUCUUCAUCGCCAACGCCGGCAAGACGGCCGACAACGGCAUCCUCGACGCGACCGUCGAGCAAUGGAAAGAGGUCAUCGAUACCGACCUGACUGGCACCUUCAACUGCGCCCGCGCUGUCGGUCUGCACUUCCGCGAACGCAAGACGGGCUCCCUCAUCAUCACCGCCUCCAUGUCGGGCCACAUCGCAAACUACCCCCAGGAGCAGACCUCCUACAACGUCGCCAAGGCCGGCUGCAUCCACAUGGCCAAGUCGCUGGCCAACGAGUGGAGGGACUUUGCUCGCGUCAACUCCAUCUCGCCCGGAUACAUUGACACGGGUCUCUCCGACUUUGUGCCCCAGGACAUCCAGAAGCUGUGGCACUCGAUGAUUCCCAUGGGCCGUGAUGCCAAGGCAAAGGAGCUCAAGGGCGCGUUUUUGUACUUUGCCUCGGAUGCCUCUUCCUACACUACCGGUGCUGAUCUCGUCAUCGAUGGCGGCUACACCACCCGAUAAACGAUUCCCCAGAAAGCAAGUCGAGCGCCCCUGAUCCGAUACGACGUUAUGAUUGUUGGGAUUUAUAUGCGUAGAUAAUUGGAGGGUAGACGGUGGCCUUGUUGCUUUUCAGCAUGAAUGAGAGAAUUCGCUGUCUCCAAACCCCCCGGAGAAGUUACAUCGCAUCGCGUGACAUUCAUGGCCGCUUGUGUUUUAGGUGCCAGUGAAGAUCCAUGUUGGCCAAAACAGAACUUUACUCAGGC